UCAAGAUGUUUGAAGAAUGUCACGAUCUCUCGAGACUCUUUGCCGGAAAACUUUAAAGAAGUGUCAGAAAGACUUCAGCGUCUUCACAGGUUCGUUGGCUGCUUUAUUUUCCCCGCAGCUUUUUGAUCCUCCGCAAUCGAAUUCAAGUACAAGUACGUCAACCAUCAAAGUAAGAAACACCGUAAUACUGCCUUGAGUCUUUUCAUUCCCGGACAGUGCUCCAUCCGAAAAUUCGAUUUAGAUAUUCUACUUGCCACCUCAAGCCAAUUUUAUGUCGCUACUGAAAUCUUCAGUCUGUAGCUGUCGAGCAACUACCUAGAUGUUUUAUUGAAUCUUGUGAGAAAAAGAUAAUGAGUGCCGUUCCUGCUCCCGAGGACACGGAAAGUCGGCAGCCUUUGUUGUCUGCCGAUCAGCCCGAAGCCACGCAAUUUGUGGUAAAGGGCGUACCGGCAGCAGCGGACGGCCGAACGGGUCCGGUACAACAACCGACGGGGCCUGCGGAUCUGGAGAAGAACGGGGCGAAUAUCGUUACCGCAUCGAAAACUACUUCCGAUCAGAAGGGAGCGCCACACAUGUUGCAGGAGCCCUGCGUUGCAGCUACAGAGCUGCAGGCGAUGAAGGAAAGGGCGGCGGCGAAAGAAAAGAAAAGGGAUGACGCCGUCGUCUUAGAUAAAAAUAGCACUCGGCCGCGGUCCCUUUGCGGCGUGUGGCUGCGCCUGGGAUGCUGGCGUCUCACCUAUCUCCUGUUCGCAACGGUGGCAACGUUUGUAAUUAUCUACGUGGGCAUAAAUUACCCGAAGGGCAAGGCGGGCACCGGGGUGGGCGAAUGGUUUUACGCACUGACGUUUCUGCUGCUCGCCUUCCUCUGUCCGGCGGCGCCGAAGGUCGCAGUAGAAAAUAAAGGUCCACCUGUAGUUGCUCCAGUGGUGCCGCUUGCGACAAAGAGCGUGCAGCUGACGGAAAUCGCACCGCCUGCGAGCAAAGGGGAAGCUCUUGCAGUGAACGCAAGGAACGUUGUUGCGAAGAAACCACCCGCAGCAGCUAAGCCGCGCCUGCUCUUCCUCGACAACCUGAAGGUUUUCCUCACCUUAGCCGUGGUGUUUUUCCACGUCAGUAUUGGUUUCGGCGCCUGGAAGUGGCAAGCGUACACGCUGACCGUGGGCAACCACAAGGACAACGUGCUCGGGAAAGCGCUUUCGGUGGUCAACCUGGUGAACCAGAGCUACUUCAUGUCACUCUUCUUCUUCAUCUCGGGCUUCUUCGUACCAAGCUCGCUGCAGCGCAAGGGCGCAGUGGCCUUCCUGGAGGACAAAUUCAUGCGUCUGGGCAUCCCGCUGGUCUUGGGCGGGUUCGUGUUCUUCCCCCUGGUAUACUCUAGAUGUUAAUUGGUGUAGAAGAAGAAAGAGAAAGCUGAUAUUCGCUCAUUCAUUCUUUUGAGGCGGCCCUGCCAGUACCUACUCAUAGCAGAAAUUUUUGUACUGUUAAUUCAACAUCAUACAUCGUACCACUAAUACUUAAGUAAAGCCAACUCGUCCAGGUAACCGCUUUGAGUAUGCAGGCUGCGUUCGGGACGGACUACGGUGCGACGAACCCCGACGGCACCACCCCCCUCCACCUGAUGCAGAACGUCUUUAGCACCCCCGACGCCUGGUACAUCGUCGGCCUCGGGCCGCUCUGGUUCCUCAUGGUCUUGCUCCUCUUCAACCUGGCGUUUUGCGUGCUCUACCCCAAGGGCCUGGAGUCGAUGCCGGGUGACCUCCCACUUCCCGGCUUUCUCGAAAUGCUCUUUGUCGGGUCCCUGUUCGGGUUGUUGCAGGGUUGGACCUACCAGGACGGCUGGGGCUGGGGCAAGUCCGGCCGGUUCGCGUUCCUGGAGGUCCCCAACAUGUACGGUGGGGGCGGCGGCAUGCCGUUUGACAUUCUCUUCUUCUUUGCCGGCGCCUUCGCGAAGAAAAACAAUUGGCUCGAGCAGAUCGUGGAAAUGAGUACGGCUUCUCCGAAAGAAGGGAAGCAGGAGAACGAUAUCGAGCAGGGUGUUCUUGGGGACCUUCCCGAGGUUCAGCUUGCCGCGGCCCGCGCCAGGCAGAGAAACAGCUGCUCCAUCUGGUCUUUCCGACUGCACGCGUUAGCGCUGGUGGCCUGCAUCGUCGCCUUGACGGUGCACAUCGACCCCAAGCUGGCACCGCCGGAGCACAGCCGGUGCGGCCACAUCCAGCAGGACAUGGCAGUGCGAUUCGCGCAGAUGCCGGACACUUACGCGCGACUCUUCCCGGACCUGCCGAUGAGAGACGCGCAGGGGAACGGUUGGGAGGUAUUGCUUUGUCGACUUUCUUAUCUAAUUCUGUCGCUGUCGUCUUCAUGUUGUGUUGAGGAGCCUAAAAAAUUCCUAUCAGAAGCUGUAGGCCCCCACCAGGCUGCUCCCGCCUGUCACCCAUAGUUAAAAUAACGCAAUGAUUUUCGUUCCGUCGUAGUUGUUACUCCUUCUCUCGUAUAACACACAACAGAUCCCAGCCGCCGCUGCCAGACCUCCGAUGAAUCCCACCCCGGAAGACCAGAAACCCUGGUACGACCAAAAAGGGUGGCUGCAGGACCAGCUCCUGAAGGGCAACAGCCUCUUCUGGCACGCGUUGCGUGGGCAGCUCUCCAUAUCAUUGAGCUUCGUGAUGCUGCAGUUUUUCGCGCAGUUUGGCAACUCGGAAUCCCCGACCCAGCCGGCUUGGAACGGCGUUAAGAAAGCGCUAGGGGAAGGAGCGUAUUUGGUUUUUUUGACAAGAACGAGCUUGGCCUUGGCUUGAUUUUCCGAGCUCGAACAAAUGUCUUUGUGGUCUUCAUACUUCAUUGAGAUUUUCGUUCUCAACAUCUUCUUUUACAAUCCACCACAGGUACGGCGUUUAUCUGUUCCACUGGAUGGUCUGGCCGCUGUUUCUUUGGAUGUUUCUGUACCUUUUCUACCCGAGCAAAAUCCUGAUGAGCGACGAGCAAGCCGCGGGGGAGAAUCUAGAGUUUCUGGUGUGCGCGGACCGGAUGUUCGCGGCCAAGGGGCCGGUUUCUCAACCUCUCAUGGGGGUGCUGUUCCUCCUCACACUGCUAGCGACGAACUUGAUCCUGUGGCCGGCGUGCUUCUACCUCCGAAAAAUUCCGGGACUCGACAAGGUUUUGUAAAACUAUUCCGAUAGUAUAGUGCCCAACUACUAGGGCAGAAGCAAGUCCUGGGCGACGCCGAGAUUCUCGGGAUGCCCCGGAGGUCGUCGUGGUAUAGACCGCGCCGGGGAUCGAGGCAGAUUCUAGUAAAACGACAAGGUUCAUCAGCAUAGUAGACGAACAACACCAGCGACCACAUUGAUCAGUAUAUUU